CGCUGCCAUGCUCGCCUUAUCGUUUUUGUGACCCGGCCGGCCCGUUUGGCUCCCCUGCAGCAUCACGUUUCUCCGACAGAUGAACGCGGCGGUCCCCUUUCAGGCCCAGCCUGCGGCCAGCACCAGCGGCUGCGCAGCACGGCUAGGCACGGGUGGGAGUAGGAUGUGCCGGGCGGCGGCGGCCCAGCUGCGGGCGCGGGCACAGUCGGGCAACGGCGUGGCGGCGGAGGAGGCGCCCAGCAGCAGCAGCAGCAGCCGGGUGCACGCGCGGCCGGUGCUGGCCCCGCCCAACUGGGAGUCUGCGGUGCGGUCGGCGCCGCAGCUCUUCCCGCGCGGCCAGCACGCGGCGGCGGUGCCCAACCGCCUCCGCAUCUUCUCGGGCACCUCCAACCCCGCCCUCUCCCAGGAGGUUGCCUGCUACCUGGGCCUAGACCUAGGCAAGAUGAAGAUCAAGCGCUUUGCAGACGGCGAGAUCUAUGUGCAGGUGGGCGAGUCCAUCCGCGGCUGCGACGUCUUCCUCAUCCAGCCCACCACGCCCCCCGUCAACGACAACAUGAUGGAGCUGCUGAUCAUGAUCGACGCCUGCAAGCGCGCCUCUGCCCGCUCCAUCACCGCAGUGCUGCCCUACUUUGGCUACGCGCGCGCAGACAGGAAGACGCAGGGCCGCGAGGCGAUUGCGGCCAAGCUGAGCGCCAACAUCAUCACGGAGGCGGGUGCGGACCGGGUGCUGGCCAUGGACCUGCACAGCGGGCAGUGCGUGGGCUACUUCGACAUCCCCGUGGACCACGUGUACGGCGACAGCGUCAUCCUGGACUACCUCUCCUCCAAGCGCAUCUCCUCCGGCGACCUGGUGGUGGUGUCGCCCGACGUGGGCGGCGUGGCGCGCGCCCGCGCCUUUGCCAAGAAGCUCAACGACGCGCCGCUGGCGAUCGUGGACAAGCGCCGCUCCGCGCACAACGUGAGCGAGGUGAUGAACCUGAUUGGCGACGUGCGGGGCAAGGUGGCGGUGCUGGUGGACGACAUGAUCGACACCGCGGGCACCAUCACCAACGCGGCCAAGGUGCUGCACGUGGAGGGGGCGCGGGAGGUGUACGCCUGCGCCACCCACGCCGUCUUCUCGCCGCCCGCCGUCGAGCGGCUGUCGUCGGGCGUGUUCCAGGAGGUCAUCGUGGCCAACACCAUCCCGCUCCUGCCGGAGAACCAGUUCCCCGAGCUGACGGUGCUGUCGGUUGCCAACCUGCUGGGCGAGGCCAUCUGGCGGGUGUACAACGCCACCAGCGUGGCC